UAGAAUAUUUCCUUUCCUUUCGAGUCUUGUCAGGGAUUUGGAACAAAUGCUGCUCCAGACGCAGAUGUGGCCCCCCACAACCCCCAGGGGCCUCCUGAGUUAUUUGGUGACUCUGCACGUCCUGCGGCUGGGAUCAGCUGACUUCAGAGUGGUGGCACCAGAGAAAUAUAUCCGUGUCACCGUGGGUCAGGACGUCGUGCUGCCAUGUCACUUGUCCCCCAGCAUGGAUGCUCGGAGCUUGGACAUCAGGUGGAUCCGGCAUCCAUUCUCUGAAACGGUGCACCACUACCGAAAUGGAGAGGACCUGUAUGGGGAGCAGAUGGAUGAAUAUUUUGGGAGAACAGAGUUGGUCAGAGAUGGUCUCUCCAGUGGACGCCUGGACUUGCGAAUCUCUGGGUUGAGACCCUCUGAUGAUGGUCAGUACGUCUGCACGGUGACAGAUGGUGCCUCUUAUGGAGAAGCUACGGUGGAUGUGGAGGUGUCAGCCACAGGCUCUGUCUCUCACCUCUCCCUGGAGGCUUACGAGGACGGAGGCAUCCGGGUGGUGUGUCGAUCGGCCGGCUGGUACCCACAACCGGAGGUGCUGUGGAAAGAUCCCGAUGGGCAGCAUCUCCCCUCGGUCUCCCAGAGACAUUCCUCAGAUGAGAGGGGCCUCUUUGACACCGAAGAUGUCAUCAUUGUGACUGAUGGGAACAGACAUGGGAACUGGUCCUGCGUGGUCAGGAACAGCCGCCUCAACCAGGAGCAGGAGACGUCCCUGCACAUCUCAGCUCCCUUUUUCCACAAUGCCCGUCCCUGGAUGGUUGGUGUGGGGGUGCUCCUUGUGCUUUCAGCUGUGUUCCCUGGCCUCGGUGCUUAUCUGUGGAGAAGGAAAGUGCUGCAGUCCCGAGAGCUGGGUGAGUCCUUGUGGCCCCUUCCCCCAGCAAAACCUCCUGUCCAAGGAGCCCCCCUGGGAGGGACGUGGGUUUGGAUGGCUCCUGAAGUUACGGCUGAACUCCAGAGUGCCUGGGUGGGCUGA